AUGAACCCUGCCUUCCGGCUCGUUCCCGCCGCUUCGCCCUUUAGCAAAUCCAGAUCCAGCUUCAGCAAGCCGAGCCGGUCCGACGACAUGCUGUCGCUCCGCCAGGUUGUCGGCUCGACCAUCGGCUCAGCCCUCGCCUUCGACAGCCUACCCCACGAGCGCCGUGUCGCCUUCACCGCAGGUGCUGCCGCCGUGGUAGCCACCAUCGACGAGGACCACAAGGUUACCCAGCGAUUUUUCCGCGCCCACCCCUCAACCCAGGCCGUCCAUACGGCCUCCGCCGCCUACGGCACCCCCGCAUCUGAUGCGCGCAAUCGCGGAGCCGUGUCUUCGCGCGAUGCCGGUGUAGGCGCCUCUUUGCAUGGUUCAGCGGCGGGCGAUUGGGCUGAUUCGCCAGGUGGAAAGUCGUCGUCAGCGAAAGACCGGAUAAAGGCUGCAACGUGUGUGGCAUUCAGCUCUGAUGGAAAGUAUAUCGCCGUAGGAGAGACGGGAUACAAGCCCAGGAUCUUGGUCUUCUCCACCGCCCCAGAUGCCCCACCCGAGACACCCAUCGCCACCAUAUCCGAACAUAAGUUUGGCGUCCGGUGCGUUUCUUUCAGUCCUGACUGCAGGUACUUGGCCAGCUUGGGUGCUGCAAAUGAUGGCUUCCUCUACAUUUGGAGCCUGAACCCCCGCACUGGUGCAGCAACUUUACAUGCAAGUAACAGAUGCACAAACCACAUCAACAAGAUGGCAUGGCUUGGAAAUAGCCUUGUCCUCGUGGGCACCCGACACGCCAAAGUCUGGCGCAUUGACGAGGCAGAGCAGCAUGUCCAGAGCAAGACGAAGCAUCGCGAAGAGAACAUCACUCUUCCCGGAAGGAACUGCAUUCUGGGCUCCUUGGUCGAACAGAACUUCUCCUCCAUUGUGGCCGUGUCCGACACGAAGGCCCUCGUAUCGACGGAGAAAGGGGACAUCUGUCUCCUGGAUGACUCGGACCGCGCUCAGCGGUUGUUCAAAGUGGCAUCCGCGGACUUUGGAAUUUCGGCGCUGGCAGCUGAUUCUAACGGCAUCUUGCACAUUGCUGGUACAAAUGGCGAGAUGACGACCAUGGAGAUCAGCAAGUUGGUUGAUGCCGCACCGCCCCCUACGCCAACUUCGCGAGACGAGUCGCCUCCUGGAUCGCCCCCGCGAUCGCCAACAAGUCCUAAAUUUCAUCAUGAUACACCAUUCAUCAUCGCCAUGGCGCCCAUCGGCGACCUCUUGGUCACGGUGGACACUAGAAGAGCCAUUCGUCUCCUGGAAGUGGGGACGGAUGGUGACUCAUCCACUAACAAAAUUGUCCAACAGCUGCCCGCUCAGGGCGACGCUGUCUUGGGCGUCCACUCUCUUCCCCUCUCUAAUUCUUUUGACGCGUCUUUUGUUACUUGGUCUGCAGAUGGCCUCAUCAAAUUCUGGGCUCCAGAUGGAACUGAAAAAGGUGACAUCAAAGUGCACUUGGAGCAACUUGAGAAUUGCGAUGAGGUCAACGAGCUCAGGACCAUUGAACCAUCUCCUCAUGUCGGCUUCGUUGCUACCGGAGACAGAUACGGUGUGCUCAGUAUUAUCGACGGCCAGACCGGCAAGUGCACCUUCAGUCUCAAGGCUCACGGAAGCGAGAUCACCGACAUUGAGAUCCACGAGGGUGAAACCCCGUUGGUCGUCACCUCUGCACGGGAUCGGACUGUUCAAGUCUUCCAGAAGAUCGGAGAGGCCUGGGAUGUUCUGCAGACCUUGGAUGAACAUGCGAGCGCCGUCACUGGCGUCCUUUUCUCCAAGGACGGAGCACACCUUCUUUCCUGUUCUACGGAUCGUACGGUGGUCGUGCGAGACUUUAUGACCAGGGAGGAGAAUGGAGCUGUAUUGAAAGCUUUCCUCAUUGCUCGCACCAUCACCCUGAAGUCUACGCCCGUCUCCAUGGCAUUUGAUGCCGAUAACGAGAACAUUCUCGUGGUUUCAACCAUUGAUCGGCAAGUUCAGAAGUAUGACAUCAUCUCUGGACAGCCAGUUGGCUCCUUCAAGUCGGCGGAUGCAGACGGUGGCGAGGCUGUUGUCCUCUCUGACCUCGUACAUUUCACCAACCCGAGAGGUCAAGGUGUUAUCGCCGGCGUUUCUAGCACCGACAAGUCGGUCAGAAUCUACGACGAGAAUGGGAACCUCCUUGGCCGUGACUGGGGCCACACGGAAGGUGUUACUGACAUUGCUUUAAUCUCCAUCAAUGGUGGAGAAGGCGAUGCCGACCAGAUGGGUUUGGUAACCGUCGCAGUCGAUGGUACAAUCUUCAUCUGGAACCUCGACUUCAAGCUACCGCUUUCACGCUCGUCCUCCUACGACGUUGGCAAGAGCGGGGACUUGGCGGGCAUUGCUACUCCGGGCAAGGACUUACUUUCGAGCAGACCACCCAUUAGGCGUGUCCUGUCUCAAUCCGAGCUUGCCAAGUACCAGCGGUCUGGCGAUGACGAGGCAACCACGCCCACGGGCAGCAGGUCUCCCACGGGCUCGUUGCGCAAGAAGUCGUCCAAGCUGUCGCUCCACGGCGGUUCCGCGCCGAAGUUGGAGCCUUCUCCGGUGGGGAAAGAGAGCCACGGGCCGCACGGCUCGAGCAGCCGGAGACAUGGGCGCAGCAACCGGUCGCCUUCACCGCCUAGCCCGACAUUGAAGCACGCUCACGCUGCGUCGUCCGGAAGCCCCAAGGUGCCGCACCACAGCCCGAAGGGCUCGCACCACACGCUGCGCAGACCCUCGUUCGGCUCCUCCCGCUCCAAGACUCGCAGCAACCAGAACUUGCGCGAAUCUUCAGGCCUGGCCGCAGCUGCAAGCGACCUGAGCAAGAGCCUGAGGCUGUUCAGGAAGAAGCUCGGAACCAGCCAGGACAAACUACCUGCGGAUGCACAGAAGGAGCUGGAGCGCGAACUGCGCAUCACGUCCAGCGCGCUCGGAGGGGAGGGCAAGACGAAGGAAGUCAGGCACGCUUCGUCGGAAAGCAGGCAUGAGGGUGGCAAGGCCGAGGUGAAGAGCGAAGCGAUGGACGAGGCGUCGAUGGCGAAGCUGCUUGAGCAGUACUCGGAGCGCCUGGUGGAGCUGCUGGAUCGCAGGAUCGAUAAGAGCGUGCAGAAACACGUGAGGCAGCUCAGCCAGGGCUCCGUUUCUGGCCGAAGGGACAGCGAUGACGUCGAUGCGGCGACGACCGAAGAUACUGAAGAAUAG